UGAAAGCAAAAUGAAAGUCUUCAGCUUAAUCCUGUUUAUAGGUUUCGGCAUCUUCUGCUUGGUAAGGGAACUGGAAGGCCAUGGCAUGAUGUUAAGUCCUGUGGGAAGAUCUUCACGUUGGCGUUAUGAUUCCUCGGCGCCAACAAAUUACGAUGAUAAUGCCUUAUAUUGUGGUGGUUUCUGGAAACAAACAGAAAAUGGUGGAAAUUGUGGUCUUUGCGGAGAUGAUUGGAGCUUGGAUCAGCCUCGUCCCAAUGAGUUGGGCGGCAAAUAUGGAAGUGGAGUGAUUGUGAAGAGUUAUGCUGGCGAAACUGAGGCUGAAAUUAGUGUUAAGAUCACGGCCAAUCAUCUGGGCUAUUUCCGAUUCCACAUCUGCAAUUUGGAUGAGAAUGGCAGCGAAUCCGAGGAUUGCUUUAAUCAAUAUCCUUUGAAUUUCACCGACGGCAGCUUGAAGUACAAUAUCAACUCAACCACUGGUGAUAUCCCAGUAACUGUGAAACUUCCCUCAGAUCUGAAUUGCGUUCAUUGCGUUUUGCGCUGGACUUAUACGGCGGGUAAUAAUUGGGGUGUUUGUGAGGAUGGAUCGGGCGCCAUGGGCUGUGGUGACCAGGAAACCUUUAUUAAUUGUGCAGAUAUCAGUGUGCUAUCCUCAGCCAGGAGCAUCUUCCAGGAGGUGCCAGUAGAGGUGGUUGAAACCGUUUAAAAGGGUUAUCAUCUGUGGCCAAGCGAACAAUUUAGUUAAUCUCAAUAAAUUAUUUAUAUAUAUUUUAAAAACGGUAUUUUGUAAAACUUUUUAUAAGGAAAAUCGGGGCUUUGCAUGAAUAUAG